AUGCGCUCUGAGACAUAUGAGAGCUCCAUGAAGCCAGCGACGUCUGGGAUCUACAAUUCUGCAGGAGGAGAACAUGGCAGAUCACUUCAUCCGGAUCUACCAGGACUCAGAUUACCAGAUCGUGAGAGAGAUAUUUGCACGUGGCCUUAUAGAACACAUCAAAGCUUCCUUCCGCCAUACACUUAGCCUUUCACACAUUCGGUUCCUCCUUGCUGUGGGGUCAUUGGUUCCUUUACUAACCACUGGAUCUUUUGCCAUAUCUCUUAUGGUGGUAAUCAUCGCGUUACUCAUCCUCUGGUUCAUCAACAGACAUGUCUUCACGUCCUACCUCCAGCAAAGCCUGAGGCAAGACAUGUUGGACAUUGGGAAAUAUUAUUGUCAGCGGGACGACUGCUGUUUUUGGGUGGCAGAGUCAGCUGGGGAGGUGGUGGGAAUUGUGGCGGCUGCUCCCUUUUGUCACCCUGGUGAUAAAAAACUUAUGGAGCUCAAGAGAUUAUCAGUAAGCAAAAGACAUAGAGGCAAAGGAAUUGCUAAAGCCUUGUGCAGGACAGUCAUCGACUUUGCCCGGAAGAGAGGGUUCCAGGCUCUGACUUUAGACACCUCAGUAUUUCAGAUCAGUUCUUGGAAGCUGUAUGAGAAGAUUGGUUUCAGGAGAACUCGCACAUUUUACCUAAACUACUACUUUGCUGAAUUGAUUGACUUACGUGACAUUAACUACUGGUAUGUUCUUCCAACACAGGACUGAAGAAGUACUGCACACUUGCUGAUGUAGAUCCAUGUACAACGUAACAUUAAUGAAUCUGAUUUACAUGUAGGACCCACAUAGCAGAGGAUGCACAUUUCAUAAAGGCUUCCAAAUUAGAUGAAAAGACAUGCAGAAAUGAUUAUGUCCAAUGUUCUGUAAAUAUUGUACCUAUCAAAACUGCAGAGAAGUCAAGUGGAACUGAAGUAAAGUAGCUUUCUGAUAGGAUGAGCAUAGUGUAUAUGGAUUCUGUGAUAACCAUUGUGUUUUGUUCCCAGAGAAAAAUGCUUCUUUUCUUUCCCUGAAAAUGUGUGCAGUCUUCUCUUACAUAGCCCUGGCCAGAUAUUAUGUGUAGUCUUCUCUUACAUAGCCCUGGCCAGAUAAUAUGUGUAGUCCUCUCUUACAUAGCCCUGGCCAGAUAUUAUGUGUAGUCUUCUCUUACAUAGCCCUGGACAGAUAUUAUGUGCAGUCUUCUCUUACAUAGCCCUGGCCAGAUAAUAUGUGUAGCCUUCUCUUACAUAGCCCAUGCCAGAUAAUAUGUGCAGUCUUCUCUUACAUAGCCCUGGCCAGAUAUUAUGUGUAGUCUUCUCUUACAUAGCCCUGGCCAGAUAAUAUGUGUAGUCCUCUCUUACAUAGCCCUGGCCAGAUAAUAUGUGUAGUCUUCUCUUACAUAGCCCUGGCCAGAUAAUACUGUAUGUGUAGUCUUCUCUUACAUAGCCCUGGCCAGAUAAUAUGUGUAGUCCUCACUUACAUAGCCCUGGCCAGAUAAUAUGUGUAGUCUUCUCUUACAUAGCCCUGGCCAGAUAUUAUGUGUAGUCUUCUCUUACAUAGCCCUGGCCAGAUAAUAUGUGUAGUCCUCUCUUACAUAGCCCUGGCCAGAUAAUAUGUGUAGUUUUCUCUUACAUAGCCCUGGCCAGAUAAUACUGUAUGUGUAGUCUUCUCUUACAUAGCCCUGGCCAGAUAAUAUGUGUAGUCCUCACUUACAUAGCCCUGGCCAGAUAAUAUGUGUAGUCUUCUCUUACAUAGCCCUGGCCAGAUAUUAUGUGUAGUCUUCUCUUACAUAGCCCUGGCCAGAUAAUAUGUGUAGUCUUCUCUUACAUAGCCCUGGCCAGAUAAUAUGUGCAGUCUUCUCUUACAUAGCCCUGGCCAGAUAAUAUGUGUAGUCUUCUCUUACAUAGCCCUGGCCAGAUAUUAUGUGUAGUCCUCUCUUACAUAGCCCUGGCCAGAUAAUAUGUGUAGUCUUCUCUUACAUAGCCCUGGCCAGAUAUUAUGU